CAGGACUAUCGCGGCUUCUGUGGUAAAGCCGCUCUGUUUCGUGAAGUUGCGUCAGCCAGCACCCACCUUGCGCCGCCGAGCAUACAACUGAUGGCGAGCGGCGCGUACACGAUCCGACUCUUAUCAUGUCAACGCUGCAGAGCGUAUCUAGGCUGGGAGAUUGUGCGAGCCCAUGAGGAGACGGAGCGCUGGAAAGAGGGUCGCGCACUGCUGGAACUUGAGUGCCUG